AUGUCUUUAAUGACAGCUGAUUUAUCAAAUCAAAUUCCAACUGUAUUAAUAAUGUUAGGUAUUAUAUGUUUAAUUGGAAUAUUUGGUAAUACACUUGUAAUUAUUGUAUAUUCAUUAAAACAAGAUCGUUUAACAGCUACAUUAUUUAUACUUAUAUUAGCUAUAUCAGAUUUUUUAGCAUGUAUUACAUUGAUACCUGGUACAAUGAUUAUAGAAUAUGUUGAAUGGAAUAUUGAUUCAACAUUUUUAUGUAAAUUUUAUUAUUUUAUAAAUAAUACUUUUAUACCAUUCAGUAGUUUAUUAAUUAGUUGUAUAGCAUUUGAUAGAUAUUUUUGUUUAUGUCAUCCAUUUAAAAAUAUUUUAACAAGAGAACGAGCUAAACGUGUCAUUUUAAUAUUGAUUUUUAUAUGUAUUAUAUUAGGAUUUAGUUCAACAUUUACUGUUAGAGUUGAACAAGUUCAUUUUGAUACAAAUAUAAUCGAUAAUAAUGAUAAUAAUCGUCAUAGCAACAAAACUAUAGAUUAUAAUUCAACUAUUAAAUUUGAUUAUUCAUUUAAUUCAUAUUAUAAAAGUGAAAAAUUUGAAUGUACAGAAAUAUUAAAAUUAAAUCAUACAAUGAUAGAAACAGUUCUAUAUCAGAUUGUACAAAAAAGUCAAACAUGCAGUUAUAUUUUAUGCAUUCUCUGCGUCGUUACACUUUAUAUAUUGAUUUAUCGUUCAGUAUCAAAAGUAUUUAAAAAACGUUUAGAAUUAAAAGGUGUAAAAAAAGAGAAUAAAAACCAUAAAAAAAUCGAAAAAAAUCAUAAAAAAAAGAAAAACUGUGAAUUUACAUUUAGAAAUUUAUUUAAUUAUCAAUCGAAAAAAGUAAAAAUAUCCCCAAUGAAAUUAACAUUAACAAAUCAAGAUAAUCCAUUCACUCAAUGUGAUGGAUUCAAUCAACAUAUAAAUAAUACUAUAAUAUCUGAAUCAAAUUAUACGGAAACAAUGAAACCAUUAAAUGUUUUAUCAUGUAAUACUAUUGAUAUAAAAAAUAAUGAAGAAAUGAAUGAUCCAUCACAAAAACACGAUCAUCAUCAUCAUCAUCAGCAGCAGCAACAACAACAACAGCACCACCACGAAGAACAACAACAACACCACCACCACCACGAACAACAACAACAACCACAAACAAUGAAAUCAAAUACAUUUGUUCCUAUAAAUUGUUGUCAUAAUACAGAAUCAGUAAUGAUUCAACCAAUUACAUUAAAUUAUGAAACCAAUUUAAUUAUAAAUGAAGAGAAAACACGUCGUUCAAUGAAAACAAUCAAAGAUAAUAUAGCAUUUCAAAAUUUAAAAACAGCAGCAAUGUUAUUUGUUGUAGCCGUUGUUUAUAUUGUGACAUUUAUACCAGCUAUGUUAAUGGCUAUACAAUAUGUACCAUUAUAUUUACCAAUAUUUUAUUUAUAUUAUAUAAAUAAUGCAAUUAAUCCAAUUAUAUAUGGUUUUAUGAAUCCAAAUUUUCGAGCUGAUAUACAUCUACUUAUUUGUCAAAAAUUAAAAUGUAUAUAAAAUGAAUAUGAAUGAUACUUAACAAUGAUGAAUAAAGUGAAUAGAUCAUUUGAUUCAAUUUAUAUAUUGUUGAAUAAAAAGAUCUAAUCUUAUUCUAAAUGUAUGGAUCAAUUCUUCUUCAUUUGUAUUUAUACAUUCC